CUCUUCUCUUUCAUCUUAUCAUACAAUCAAGCAUACACUUAGACAAAUAGACAUGGCUAACCUAUUCACUGACUUCUGGGCGACUGUUCAGCAGGGUCCCGAAGACCCUAUCCUCGGUGUUCAAGACAAAUUCAACGCCGAUAAAGAUCCCAAAAGGGUCAACCUUGGUGUCGGCGCAUACCGAGACGAAGAUGGGAAACCAUGGGUACUUGAUUCUGUCCUCAAAGCGGAAGAUAUAUUGCAACAGAAAAAACUCAAUAAAGAGUAUUUGCCCAUAACGGGAGCAGCGGACUUUACGAAGUUGGCCUCGGAGUUGGCUUAUGGAAAAGAAAGCAAACCAAUUGUGGAAGAUAGAAUCGCCGUGGCUCAAUCUAUCUCCGGUACAGGAGCUUUGAGGAUUGCUACUGGAUUUCUCUCAUUCCAUUACACAGGUCCACAGGUCGUAUACAUCCCAAACCCGACAUGGGGGAAUCACAUUCCUAUCGUUGAGCAAACAGGUAUGAAGUCCGCAAGAUACAGGUACUUUGACAAAAAGACUGUUGGAUUGGACUUUGAGGGUAUGAAAGAGGAUAUCGAAGCUGCCGAACCAGGAUCAAUUAUCCUCCUCCACGCCUGUGCCCAGAAUCCCACAGGUAUCGAUCCCACCAAGGAACAAUGGAAAGAACUCAGCAUACUUCUCAAGCAGAAAAAGCACCUUGCAUUGUUCGACAUGGCCUACCAAGGAUUCGCUUCGGGUGAUGUCUCCGGAGAUGCCUUUGCUGUGCGUCACUUUGUUGAACAAGGACAUCAGAUUAUCUUGUGUCAAUCGUUCGCCAAGAACUUGGGUCUUUAUGGGGAGAGAGCAGGGACAUUCUCGAUGGUUUGCUCCUCUAAAGAGGAGAAGAACAGGGUGUUAAGUCAGGUCAAGAGAGUGAUCAGGCCUUUGUAUUCUAGUCCUCCCCUUCACGGCGCUCAACUCGUCGCUACCAUCCUCGGUACACCCGAGCUACUCGAACUAUGGCUUACCGAAGUCAAGAAGAUGGCAGAUAGAAUUAUCGAUAUGCGCUCUAAGUUGUAUGACCUGUUGGUGAAGCUUGAGACUCCGGGCGAGUGGGGACAUAUCAAGUCGCAGAUUGGCAUGUUCUCUUUUACUGGUCUCACUCCCGAACAAGUCACCGCUCUCGCUGAACAUGCCCAUGUCUACAUGACCAUGGAUGGACGGAUCAGUAUGGCAGGCUUGAACGAUCACAAUGUGCAGUAUUUCGCAGAGAGUAUGAGCAAGGCCGUCAAGGGCGAGCUCAAGGCGAAGUCUUCUCUCUGAGUCAUAGUGACUUGAUCUAGAUGAUGCAUGGAUCCUAUUGAGUGUUCC